GAUGAAGUUCAAGUUACUUUUACAUAACAAACAAGACGGUUUAACGGCAUGCUUAGUAAGAAGAUAUCAAACGGAUCCGGAAUGAAAUGCAGUUUUCUAUCCAUAUUGAAGGUUAACAUAUCCGCUAGAACUGUCCUUGUUGCGGCUUUGAUAUAAAAUAAUCUACUGUUGAGUUGUCAACUUCUACGUGUUUAAUUAUUAAGCUUGUCAUUUGGACUAAAACGUUAAUUUUUGAUAGGCACUUAACAGUAUGUCAGCAUUUUCACCAAGACCAACUAGACCUGCAAUAUUUAAUGGAACGGGGCGACUAAACAACUUAAAUAAUACACCAACAACUCACCCAAAAGUGGGUGUUCGAUUAGUUACAUUGGACAAAUAUUUAGAAAGUAAUUUGUACAUUUAUUAUGGGAUUGUGUCUCCAUUUAUAAGCACCAUCGUCAUUACAUUAAACAUUUUGCUGAUUACAACUUUAAUCAAAGGGAAGUUCAAAAAAUCCACCCAUGUAAUCGUGAUUGCUAUAGCGUUAGCAGAUGCAUUGACUGGUUUCAUUCCGAUACCAUUCAACGUAUAUGUUUUUGGUCUUAAGAAAGACAAUGGAUAUUUAACUUUGUCAUGGUGCUAUGUUUUUGAAUACACACAGAAAUUUAUUCCAGAAAUUCUACACAUAACCUCCCUUCAUUUGACAGUAGGUCUUGGAAUUGAACGUUUCAUUGUAGUAGCAUUUCCUCUUAAAGCACAAAGGAUAUGUCGUUUCCGAAAUGGAAUCAUCUUUAGUGUCCUUAUUUUUGUCGUAAGUAUUGGUUCUCAAAUGGAUUUAUUUACUAAAGUUAGUUAUGAACAAUUUUAUGAAUAUCGAAAGCGGACUAAUAAGACAGUAAUUGGCUGUUUGAGGUCAGCAAAAGUCAGAACCGACUCGGAAUAUGCGCUCAGAAUAGGAAUUUUAGUAUUUGUACCAUGCAUGACGCUUGUUAUUUUUACCACACUACUUCUCAGAAAGUCCAAGGAAAUUCAACAUUGGAGGAAAUUAAACUCUUCGCAAUCCCAGACUGGUGGUUUAGAACGCCUCGACUUUGCCGUCAUUUUAAUUAUGAUAUUUAUAGUAGUUACUGAAGCAAUCUUGCAAACAACAUUUUUGAUCAGCAGAAUAAAAGGCAUACGAUUUACAGAUACACACGAGGAAUUAGUCGGUGUUGGUCAUAUUAUAUUUCAAGUUACUUGUCCGAUUAAUUUAGCAAUUUUGUGUUUUCUCAGUGUGAAGUUUCGCAAAAUUUUCAAAGAUAUAUUUUGCUGUUGUCUUAAAAAUAUAAAUCCCUUAUUAUUUAAUAAGGAGUUUAUAGAAAAAUCAGUAGUUUCAUCAACUGCAACCACAAACACUGUAACAUUUCCGAACGAAAUACAUUCUACUCGUCUGUGAUCAUUUCUAUUUUACAUAGAUAUUGGAAUAUGCAUUAAAAAUUAAGGAGAGGUGGUAGUAUUGCAAAUGAGACGACUAAUUACCAAAGACCAAAGGACAAGGAUAUGAACACAAUAAUAUUUCACCGUACGGCCCUCAACAAUAAGCAAAAUCCAUACCCGUAUAGUAAUCUUUAAAAAAUCCCAGCUUUGUGUAUAUCAUGCUAUUGCAAAAAAUAUCACAUUAAAUGCUUCCAAUGUACCUUCAUAUUAUAUACAAUUAUUGACUUUUGAUGAGGUUUAUACAACGAUUUAUCCAUACAAGAGAUAUGAUAUUCACCGAUGUCAACGGCCGAGGAUGAUAUAUUGACAUCGCUGGUGUUGAUGAAAUCAUUGUGUUGACUGAUAUCAAAAUUCAACAAUUAUAUAUAUAUUUUGUUUUAUUAUUUGACUUUUUGAUCCAUCACCAAUUUUCUAGUAUUUGCUUAAGAUAUUAAACUAGACAAAAGUCCAUGUUUUACACUAAAUUUAUUAUCUGCUUUUAGACAACGAAAAAAAUCAGAAAAUGUACAGCCAUAUAUAUAA